AUGUCCGACAUUCCUGGCUCCAAUGGGAGAAUCUUCUACAACAUGGACGUCGUUGAUCUGGCCUGUGAGACGGUUGGCGGUGACGUGAUCCACGUGCGUGGCGGCAACGCUUUCGACUUCCUCAACGAGAGCUUCGAAGAAGCACUCAUCGCCGAUGACAUUGCGCAGCUCCAGCUUAACGCCCACGACAGCUUUCAGCAUUCUACGCCGACCACAGAAGUGCCAAUGUCUUGGGUGAACCGGCUCGUUUGCGUGAAGCUGGGCAUUGGUGAAGUGAUGGGUGUGCUCAGCGAUGAAAGCCUUCGUGACUGUACCCACACACACCUCAUGGCGUUCCCUGGGAGUCCCGCGAUCGCCCCUCUUCCAAGGAACGACGUCCGUGGGGUCGUUCUGGUAGAGGAGGCGCUCCACGUCAGCUUCUGCCGCAGCGGGGAUGGACAAAUCCACGUGUGGAGGUGGCUACGCCAAGAAGGCGAGAGCAUUUGGGUGCGCGAGCUUCACAUGGACAGCGAGGUGCAGAAGACCGUUGGCCGGAAGACGACGUGCUGCAUCUCAGCUGCCCUCAAGUUCCGCCUGUGGUAUGAGCGUGGCAGGACAUGGGCGUUUUUCUCUCGGUUCCCGGCUCUUGAUGCGUCUGGCGAGAAGUUGGCAGAAGAUGCCACACUGGAGGAUGUGAUGGACGAUGACAUCCAGGAGAGCUUAGCCGACAAUGUCCAGUUGACGCCGCUGGAGGCGAAGCCGCAGGACGCCAAGCGCCGGGUCAAGAAGCUCGCCGCCGAGCUCGGGUGCGGCGACGCCGAGAACGCGGCGCGCAUCGCCGCGGACCUCAUGUUGGUGGAGCGGUUGAAGGGUGCCGUGCCGAAGCCGCGGCCCCGGACGCCGCAGCCCUGA